GGACUAACGUGGCGUGAAGGAACACAAAUACAAAGCAAACAAAUUCAGUGGUUGCUGAACUCUGAAAUCGAGUGUCAAUAUGAAAAAAGUUGCUCUAGCAUUACUGGCAUGCCUUUUUUGCCUAACCACAGCUGCCAUCAUACCCCUCAACGACGCUGAAGUGGAGGCGACUACAGACUGCUUAUAUGAAGAUGAAUUAUGGGGCACUGAGGAUGGUACCAAAUUCUAUUACUGCCUACCGGACAACAGCUCAGCCAUCAUACAAUCGUGUCCCGCAAAUACUUUCUUUGUGCGCAAUGAAACCGUUACUGGUUGCAUUCCAUUAUCUUUGAUGAGUUCCAAUUGUGUGUAUAAUGCCACUGUUGGCUCAUGUACGGGCGAAAAUCUCAAACAACCUCAACCCAACUUGGCACCAAAUAAAUUCUAUCUUUGCACGAGUGAGGGAGCCACACCAUUGGCGUUGUCUUGCGCGGAUGGGAAAGCAUUCGUAAAACAAGAUGGAUAUUUGGGUUGUUUCGAUUGGUCGGUAUGGCGUCAGUUGCGGCAGUGCUACACUCUCACCAACCAGAAAUCAGAAUAAAAAGAAUCUGUUAAUUUCCUUGAAAUUAAAAUACAUUUAAAUCUAAGAAAUCGCAGCACUUCUGAAUAAUUAUUUGAA